CAGCUACAAACCUUUAGGCAUUCUCUACCCUCCAGAGCUUCUCUUCUCCAUCGUCUUUGUGGCUCUGUGCGACAAACCCUUUAGGCCGGCGCUUGGGGUUCUCCUGCGAGAGCUUCUCCGACAAUUGUCUCCAGGCGACGCAACCCUUUGGGUCGGGGCUUGGCUUCUCCAGCGACGGUUUCUCCAACCUUCAUCUCUCGGCUUCAAUUUCAAGUCCAAUACAAAGACCUUAACUGAUUUAGUAAUAAUUUCAAGGGAGGUAUCAUAUACAGGUUUGGGCAUUAGAUUUGACCAAAUCCCAAUGAGCAUUCUGUUGAUGUCCACAUAUAUUCUAUAAUUUUCAUUUGAAUGCCUGGAUUUGUUGCUAACUAACAUUCCUUCCAAAAUCAUAUCACCUGUAGCUCUGUUUCACAUCAUUGCUGUUUUUCUUCUUCUCUUUUCUCCUUUCCGUUACUAUUUGUUUGUGAAUACAUUGAUCCUAGCUGUAAUAUUGACCUUCCAGCCAUCAAUAUCUACAUUUCAGAAAUUCAUUGCUUCAUUUAUGCACCUGCUGAGAGAUGUCACCCUCUGAUAAAUUCAUUCAUUCAGCAUUCUCUCUUAAUUGUCUUUGUUUGUAUCUUUGUAGUAUUUGCUAACCCUUUAUGUAAUUGAGCUCAUCACAUUGAAACUUCAUUCAUACCUCAUGGAGCAAAUUCACUCGAGACCCCCCUUUGGAAAUCCACUUGGUUUUUAUUUUUAUUCCCACCUUUCCACAUUUUUCUUCAUUUUAUUCCAAAAUCUUCUGGCUUCUGUGCUUCCGUCAGAGUUGCUGCACAAACUUAUCUUUCUAGAUAUAUUAGAUGCCGAGGACGAGAGCUGGUGCUGCCUCUUCUGUUUUAAGGGAACCUGAAAAGAUAAUUGAGGCUGAAGAGCAAAUUGACUUUGAUGGAGACAACGAAGACGUAGAGGAAGAGGUUGAAUAUGAAGAAGUGGAAGAAGAGGUGGAAGAAGAGGUAGAAGAAGAUGAGGAAGAAGAGGAGGAGGAAGAAGAAGAGGAGGAAGAGGAUUCUGGUAGACUAAAGCAUACAGACGAUGUGGGACUGGAUGCUGAUCUUGAAGUAGAAGAAAAUAGUAAUGAUAAAAAGCAUGCUGAGCUUCUUGCACUUCCACCUCAUGGGUCAGAAGUAUACUUAGGUGGUAUUAGUCAAGAUGUAUCUGAAGCUGAUGUGAGGCAAUUUUUUGACUCCAUUGGGGAAGUUGUGGAGGUUAGGAUAAUGAAGGGAAAGGAACCUAAUCAGAACAAAGGAUAUGCUUUUGUCACUUUCAGGGAAAAAGAAUUGGCCUCCAAGGCAAUUGAGGAGCUAAAUAAUACUGAAUUCAAGGGAAGAAAGGUAAAGUGCUCUGCAGCUCAAGCAAAAAAUCGUCUUUUCAUUGGUAAUAUUCCUAGACAUUGGGUGGUGGAAGAUCUUAAAAGGGUUGCCAACAAGACCGGGCCUGGUGUUAUUAAUGUGGAAAUGGUGAAGGAUCCGCAGAACUCAAGUCGAAAUCGUGGUUUUGCUUUCAUUGAGUACUAUAAUAAUGCAUGUGCUGAAUAUUCACGACUGAGAAUGUCUGACGCAAAAUUUAAGCUUGAGGAUAAUGCCCCAACCGUGAGCUGGGCUGAUCCAAAAAACACAGAUUCUUCUGCUGCUUCUCAGGUUAAAGCUGUGUAUGUAAAAAACUUGCCCAAACAAAUUACUCAAGAUGAGCUAAAAAGUUUAUUCCAGCAUCAUGGGAAGAUUACUAAAGUUGUUCUACCUCCAGCUAAAGCUGGGCAGGAACAGAGCAGGUAUGGUUUUGUCCACUUCGCUGAAAGAUCUAGUGCCAUGAAAGCGCUGAAGAACACUGAGAAAUAUGAAAUUGAUGGUAAAGUUCUGGACUGCUCACUCGCAAAGCCACAGGCAGAUCAGAGUGGUAGUGGGGGGUCAAUUUCAAAUAGAGGAGUUGCACCUCCAACCUAUCAACCUCGUAUUGGAUAUGGUUUGGGAGGGAGUCCUUAUGGCGCCAUAGGUGUGCGCGGCGCACCUCUCGGUCAGCAAUUACUUUAUGGAAGAGGAGCCACGCCACCUGCUGGUGUGGCAAUGAUGCCAUUGCUUUUGCCUGAUGGAAGGAUCGGAUAUGUCUUGCAACAGCCAGGAGUUAUGCACACUCCUCCACCUGCACCACGAACAAACUUCGGUAGCAGCGGACGGAAUUCAAGUGGAGGUGUAAGGCGGAGUGGCGGCAGUGACAGUGGGCGAGGUCGAGGGCGAGGCCGAUAUAACCCUUACUAGUUCUUGUGGAGUUGUUUGUACUCUGGAAAUGCUUCUUUAAAUUUAUUAGCAAUUUUUAAGGAACAUGUCGACGUGGGCUUCCUCACCUGUAGUGGAAAGUAGGAACCUCUAAUGUUACAUUCUUUCGAUGCUAUGAUUAUUGUAUAAUAUUGGCUGCUAGGCUUGUAAACAUAUACCAACAUUGCGGCAUUAAAUUAUACGGAGUACUAUGUAGUUUUGUCUUCGAAUCUUUUCGAAUUUUAAUUUGGGAGAAUGAUAUAAUAUAUUUCUGAACUACAUGUCAGAAAAUCAAUGUAUUACUAAUCCUCUUUUGAACAAUUAAAU